AUGUUAGCGGGUGAGAUCAAAAGUACAAUUGUGAAAAGAAUCAAAGAAGUGAAAUAUUUUUCAGUUAUUCUUGAUUGUACUCCAGAUGUUAGUCAUGAAGAACAAAUGUCUCUUGUAAUAAGAUGUGUGGAUGUUUCAACUAAUCAAGUAAAGGUGGAAGAGUUCUUUUUAGAAUUUUUAAAAGUGGAUGACACAUCCGGAUUGGGUCUUUUUAAUGUACUUAAAGAGCGGUGGAAAGUUUUCAAAGAUUAUGUGGUAGGUCUCACAUUGAAGCCAUUGUCACAAACAAGGUGGGAAAGUCACGUUGAAAGUGUUAAAGCAAUAAGAUAUCAAGCUCCACAAAUAAGAGAUGCUUUAAAUCAUUUGGAAAAUCUUGGUGAACCCCACAAUACAAAGAGUGAAGCUGAGUCUUUAGUAACAUAUGAAAUUGAGAACUUUGAAUUUUUGCCUGGCAUGAUUAUUUGGCACAAUUUAUUGUUUGCAGUUAACUCAGUUAGCAAAAUAUUUCAAAGGGAAGACAUGCAUAUUGAUGUUGCUAUAAUUCAGUUAAAAGAACUCAUUACCUUUCUUGAAAAGUAUAGACAAAUUGGAUUUUUGGAUGCCAUGAUUGAGGCAAAAGAAGUUGCUACUCUAAUGGAAAUUGAUCCAGUAUUUUGUGAAAAGCAUGUCAUUCGCAGAAAGAAGCAAUUUGAUGAGAAUGUUAGUGAAGAGGUGACACAGACUGCUGAAGAAUCUUUUAGAGUUAAUUACUUUAUGUAUAUAAUUGAUCAAGCUCUUUCUUCACUUAAGAGUAGGUUUGAACAAUUUCAAGUAUAUGAGGAAAAUUAUGGAUUUUUGUUUGAUUUGAAAAAGUUGAGUUCUACCAACAAGGAAUGUUUGAAGACUUAUUGUGUUAAUCUUGAAGAUUUUCUAAAACACGAUGAACUUUCUGAUAUUGAUGGGAGAGAUCUAUUUUCAGAGUUGAAUGUCUUGAAAGAAGUUUUACCGGAAGGAAUCAAAAGGCCAAUUGAAUGGCCUCUGGAGAAAGAAGUUUUUCAAAGUUGA